AUGCAAGGGGUUGUUGAUGAGUUUAAACAUCAACUGGACAAGUACCAACGGGAAGUUAAACGCAUUUUCAAACGAAAAGAAGAAGAGGUUGAGAAAAUAAAAGCAUUUCGGUUACAGAUAGAUCGUAGACUUGAUGUUCUAGAAAAGAGUAGUAUUGAUGAAAUAGAGAAGACAUAUCAAGCCUUAAUCAAGAAGAUUGCGGAUGACAGUUGUGAGUUGACAACAUCACAACAAAACGUCAACUCAUCGCACGAUAGUAUUAUAUCCGCUGGUUCCAACACGUCACAACAGUUUGUGAGUAAUAAAAGGGGAAAGACGGCUACAGAAAAAGCAAAUAAAUGUAUAGCAGACAAGAUGAUAGAAUAUCUCGUGGCCACUAAAAGAGAACAAGUACACCAACUGAACAAAUCUGUGAUACUACAAAUCAAGUCUGAUGAGAAUCCAUCUAGAACAAAACUGGAAGAAGGCAUUAUAAUGUUACAGACCACAUACAAACAAAGAAUGACCGAUGCAGAUAGCACAAACGUGUGCAGCCAGUGUGGCAAGACUUUCCGCCAGAGGCGGAAUUUACGUACGCACGAGAAGAGCCAUGCAGGAACCUUUCCCUUUACUUGCUGUGACAGGGGUUUCAGGUCUCGGCGAGAUCUUGAUAGGCAUAGGUGCAGAGAGCAUGAUUUAACAAAGAAUUACGUCUGUUUGACAUGCAAUAAGACAUUUGCCACAAGUUCAGACUUAAAGGCUCACGAGAGGAGGGAGAACAAUCAAACGGGUUUUCAGUUGUGA